AUGGCCCCCGCCGAGAUCCUCAGCGGCAAGAUUGUCUCCGGACAAGUGAGAGACAGACUAAAGCAGCAAGUUGUUGAGAUGACUGAGAAAUUUCCAGGCUUCAGACCAGGACUUGCCAUUUUGCAGGUUGGAAAUCGGGAUGAUUCAAACCUCUACAUUAAUAUGAAGCUGAAGGCUGCUGCUGAGAUUGGGAUCAGUGCCAACCACAUAAAAUUGCCAAACACAGCAACAGAAGCUGAUGUACUGAAGUGCAUUGCCUCUUUGAAUGCAGACCCAGCUGUUCAUGGCUUUAUAGUGCAGCUGCCUCUUGACUCCAAUAAACCCAUCAACACAGAAAAAAUAACCAAUGCUGUUGCACCUGAGAAGGAUGUGGAUGGCUUAAGUAGCAUCAAUGCUGGGAAACUCUCUAGAGGGGACCUUGGAGACUGCUUUAUUCCGUGUACGCCAAAGGGAUGCAUGGAACUUAUCAGGCAGACAGGUGUCCAGGUGGCAGGGAAAAGAGCCGUGGUGAUCGGUCGCAGUAAGAUCGUGGGUGCUCCCAUGCACGACCUGCUGCUCUGGAAUAACGCAACAGUCACCACAUGCCAUUCCAAGACCUCCACCCUGGCUGAGGAGGUUGGCAAAGCUGACAUCCUGGUGGUUGCAGCUGGUAGAGCUGAAAUGGUAAAAGGUGAAUGGAUCAAGCCUGGUGCAAUCGUAAUAGACUGUGGAAUUAACCAUGUGCCAGACAGCACAAAGGCCAGUGGAAAAAGAGUUGUGGGAGAUGUGGCAUACAGUUCAGCAAAGGAAAAAGCUUCCUUCAUCACCCCAGUUCCUGGUGGUGUUGGACCUAUGACUGUGGCCAUGCUAAUGCAGAGCACUGUGGAGAGUGCGCAGCGUUUUCUGGAGAAGUUCCAGCCUGGAAAAUGGACCAUCCAAUACAACCAGCUUACCCUAAAGAUGCCUGUUCCAAGUGAUAUUGAAAUCUCAAAGUCUUGCAUGCCCAAGCCCAUUGAUCAAGUUGCAAAAGAAGUUGGCCUCUUCCCUGAUGAGGUGGAGCUCUAUGGCCAAACUAAAGCCAAGAUUCAGCUCUCAGUUCUGAAACGUCUGCAGAACCAGCCAGAUGGCAAAUACGUCGUUGUUACUGGAAUAACUCCCACUCCCCUGGGAGAGGGGAAGAGCACCACCACUGUUGGCCUUGUCCAAGCCUUAGGAGCACACCUUCACCACAAUGUCUUUGCAUGUGUUCGGCAGCCUUCUCAGGGGCCAACUUUUGGCAUAAAAGGUGGAGCUGCAGGUGGUGGCUAUUGUCAAGUUGUCCCAAUGGAAGAGUUUAACCUUCACCUCACUGGUGACAUCCAUGCCAUCACUGCAGCCAACAACCUGGUCGCUGCUGCUAUUGACGCCCGUAUAUUCCAUGAGCUGACUCAGUCUGACCAGGCUCUCUACAACCGUUUGGUGCCAUCUGUCAAUGGUGUCAGGAAGUUCUCAGACAUUCAGGUCCGAAGGCUACAGAAACUCGGCAUUAACAAAACGGAUCCUGUGGCUUUGACAAAGGAAGAAAUAAAUGCAUUCGUGAGACUGGACAUUGACCCAGGCACCAUAACAUGGCAAAGAGUACUGGAUACAAAUGACAGAUUCCUUAGGAAAAUCACUAUUGGACAGUCUGUGACAGAGAAAGGCUUCACACGGACGGCUCAGUUUGACAUCACAGUGAGCAGUGAAAUCAUGGCAGUCCUAGCCCUGGCUGAUGGGUUGGAUGAUAUGAAAAAGCGAUUUGGCAGAAUGGUGGUCGCUUCCAGCAAAAAAGGACAACCAGUUACAGUAGAUGACCUUGGAGUAACUGGCGCUCUGGCCGUCUUGAUGAAAGAUGCUGUAAAACCAAACCUCAUGCAGACACUGGAGGGAACACCAGUGUUUGUUCAUGCUGGACCUUUUGCCAAUAUUGCACAUGGGAAUUCCUCUGUGUUGGCAGACAAAAUAGCAUUGAAACUUGUGGGUAAAGACGGCUUUGUUGGUAAGUUUACAGAGGCAGGAUUUGGUGCAGAUAUAGGCAUGGAGAAAUUUUUUAACAUUAAGUGCCGCUAUUCUGGUCUCCGGCCUCACGUGGUGGUGUUGGUUGCUACUGUCCGAGCUCUGAAAAUGCAUGGGGGAGGACCUGCAGUCACUGCUGGGGUACCUUUGCCAAAGGAAUACACAGAAGAGAAUCUUCAGCUGGUGGCAAAAGGCUGCAGCAACCUAAACAAGCAAAUCCAGAACGCACGGAUGUUCGGUGUCCCAGUGGUCGUGGCUGUCAAUGCUUUCAAGACAGAUACAAAGGCUGAACUGGCCCUUGUAGUACAACAUGCAAAGGAGGCAGGAGCAUUUGAUGCUGUGGAGUGCACCCACUGGGCAGAGGGAGGAAAAGGAGCCCUAGCCCUGGCCCAAGCUGUUCAGAGAGCAUCCCAGGCACCUAACAACUUCAGGUUCCUCUAUAAUGUGGAGCUGCCUGUUGUAGAUAAGAUCAGGCUUAUUGCCCAGCAGGUCUACGGGGCAAGAGACAUUGAGCUACUUCCAGAGGCACAGGAGAAAGUUGCUGUGUACACCAAGCAGGGAUUUGGAAACCUGCCAAUCUGCAUGGCUAAAACUCACUUGUCAUUGUCUCAUGACCCUGAACAAAAAGGAGCACCUACAGGUUUUGUUCUGCCUAUCCGAGACAUUCGAGCCAGCGUUGGGGCUGGAUUCUUGUAUCCACUGGUGGGGACGAUGAGCACUAUGCCAGGACUUCCUACAAGACCCUGCUUCUACGAUAUAGAUCUGGACUCCGUGUCAGGAGAAGUAAAUGGGCUCUUCUGAAAUGAUUGAUUAUCAAAGGUUGGUGCCUUCUUGAAGACCUCCAAUAUCUGGGCUUUAUUUUUCAAAGAUCUUGAGAUAAUGGAGUUAUGCCAAUCCAAUAUUAUGCCAUAUGUUUCCAAAUGACGUUUGAUUAUAAUUCAGCCUGAAAAGUUGCCUACAGUACUAUAUGAGUAAUUAAAUUUUAUGUUUGUUUUUAGCUCCCAGAAGAACACCUGAUGAGUCAUGUAAAUGGAACCGUGCUCUGAUCUUUUUUUUUUUUUUUUUUUUUUUAAGUCAGAAAAAGAUAUCAGUGAGAAUAUAGUGCAAGAAGUGACCGGAAGGAGGAGUGUCGAAGAAUCAACUGCUAAAUUUUAAUCUGUAAUAAUUUUUAAACUGCUGUGUUCCAAGCUAGUUGACAUGGAGCAUGUAGAACAUACUUCAUAAUCAUAGCUGAAGCAGAAUACAGAAGCUUGGGUUUAAUGACCUCUUUUGAUUCAGUGACAUGAUUUUAAUAAUUAAAAAUCCUAAAGCUGGAGCUGUUUGAAACAGUCUUGGGACUUAAUUGUCUUAACCAUCGGGGGUAUGCAGCAUGUAUUAUCUUUAAAAGUCUUGUUGGCUGCAGUUUCCCAUUUGCCACAUGGAAUUCUCUGUUCCACUUCUUGUGCUAUGGGAGAACCUGCUGUGCCCUGACACUGCACCAGUGGCAUUUCAAAGGAGCAAGGAGCUGCCCCUUCACUUCCCAGGCUCUCCAGAAGUGCUUACACUGCAUUCUGCUAUGAAUUAUUCCUGCAGGCACCUGAGCCAUGUCAGAUACAACAGGCCCACCUGCAACUACUGCAUUCUUCUGUCAGUGGAAUGAAACCCCUGGAUAUUAGGUCUGGAGGGACUGGGGUUCUGGCCCAUAUCUGUGGCUUCUAUCAAAUGUGUCCUUUGAAAAAUUUUCUGCUCAGCCCACAAGUGCAGUUACACCACUGACAAGCCUUGUUUCUGAAGGUACCUUUUUGGUCAAUAGAGAAAACAUGA